AUGGACAGCCGAGGCGCCUCGAGGUUGCUCGAGGAGUCACCACCGGGUCCUGACCGACGACUGUUCCCCGACAACGAUGCCUCGAUAACACUGAAUAGACCUGUGUCCCACACGCAGAAGCCAUUGGAUAAGCGCAGCCUUGAGUACAUCCUACGGUCUGGGUUGGCAGGUGGAUUGGCAGGAUGUGCGGCCAAAACUGUCGUCGGCCCUCUUGACCGGGUGAAGAUCCUCUUCCAAGCUUCCAACCCUCAGUUCGCAAAAUACACGGGCAGCUGGUUUGGCGUGGUGAAAGCGAUGCGGGACAUAAAUAACCAAGAAGGGCUCCGCGGGCUGUUUCGGGGACACUCAGCCACUCUUCUCAGAGUCUUCCCAUAUGCCGGGAUCAAGUUCCUCGCGUACGAGCAGAUAAGAGCGGUCAUCAUCCCCAGCAAAGUCCAUGAAACGCCCUUUCGUCGUUUCAUAUCUGGAUCGCUGGCGGGUAUCACGUCGGUCUUCUUCACCUACCCUCUCGAAGUCAUCCGGGUGCGGCUCGCUUUCGAAACUAAGCGCGAUUCACGUUCGUCCUUGACUAGAAUCUGUCGACAGAUUUACCAUGAACAGCCUCCGCAACCAGAGAACCUCGUCGGCCAGAAUCCAGUCGCAGCUGCCACGAGUGCAGCCCAAAGAGCUGUGCCAAGGUCUGGGCUUGUCAACUUCUACAGGGGGUUCUCUCCGACCUUACUGGGGAUGUUGCCAUACGCUGGAAUGUCGUUCUUGACCCAUGAUACGAUAGGCGACAUAUUCAGACACCCCAUCCUGGCGCCAUAUACAGUGUUGCGAUCGACAUCCACGGCUGCCAUUCCUCCGCCUGAGGAAGGUCGGUCAAAUACUAAGGUCUACCGUCGCGCGCAACUAAACGCCCCGGCGGAGCUUACUUCGGGCGCCAUAGCCGGCUUAGUUUCUCAGACCUCCUCUUACCCCCUCGAAGUGAUUCGGCGAAGAAUGCAAGUCGGCGGCGCUAUUGGCGAUGGUCAUAGGUUGACUAUUGCCGAAACAGCACGUCGGAUAUGGCUCGAAAGAGGCUGGAGAGGGUUUUUUGUUGGUCUUACCAUUGGGUAUAUCAAGGUCGUGCCCAUGGUCGCCACAAGUUUCUAUGUUUACGAACGCAGCAAAUGGCUGUUGGGAAUCGGUUAA